AUGGCACAGCAAGGAAAUGCAUCAGCGACAGCAGCAGUAACCGCACGAGCCUCUCCUCUAAUGCAGCAGCAGCACGGCUGCGACCGCCACGACAGGCGCGCGCAUUCGUUAGAAUCGCAGAGGAAGCGCGGCAGGGGCUCCGGUUUCGACCUUGACGCCUCCUCCGAGUCUCGCGCCGCCAAGUCCGCUAGAACCGGCGAUUGCGCUUCGAGUCACCAUUCCUCCUAUCCUCGCCCGUCCUCCUCCCAAUCUUCUCCCAACUCCCCCUUCCCCUCUACCUCCCCGUCGUCUCGUGCGACCGAGAUUUUCGGCACGCCCACGGGUCGCCUGGAGGAUUACUUUACGCUCGAAUCGGCUGUGCUCGGUUCGGGGCAGUUCGGGACGGUGCGCAGGUGCGUCGAGAAGGCGACCGGGACGCACUUCGCGUGCAAGACCAUCUUAAAAAGUCGGCUAACCUCCGAACUGGAGCGUCAUGACGUGCGGCGCGAGGUCGUGCUCAUGCAGCGUCUCGCCGCGCCCGCGUCUUGCGGCGCAACUUCCGCCGCAGCUGGCGCCGCGUCUGCCGCCGGAGCUGGCGGCGGCCUCGCGGGGUACAUUCCGCACGCGGGGGUGGUGCAGCUGCGCGCGGUGUUCGAGGACGACGCGGCCGUGCACAUGGUCAUGGAGCUGUGCGACGGCGGCGAACUGUUUGACGAAAUCGUGCGAAGAGGGCGACUGAGCGAGCGCGACGCGGCGCAGGUGUUUAGCCAGAUAGUGUCGGCUGUCGCCUUCUGCCAUUCCCGCGGCGUGCUCCAUCGCGAUCUCAAACCCGAAAAUAUCCUCCUCGCGCGCUACCCCGCUUCCGCCGCCGCGCCUGCCGCUGCAGGUACGUCGUCCGCCGCCGUUUCCGCCUCCGCGGCAGCCGACGCGCCGGGCCCGCGCGUGGUCGUCGCGAAGCUGGCGGAUUUCGGGCUCGCGAUUCCGCUCAAGCAGGGCGAGCGCGCGCGCGGCGUGGCCGGGUCGCCGUUAUACAUCGCGCCCGAAGUCCUCCGCGGCGACUACUCCCUCGAAGCCGACGUGUGGUCGCUCGGCGUCAUCCUCUACAUCCUCCUCUGCGGCGCGCCGCCCUUCUGGGGCCCCACGGAUAAGGACGUCUUCAUGAAGGUGCUGCGCGGCGCGGUGGACAUGGGCGGAGAGGAGUGGAGAGGGGUAUCGGAGGAGGCAAAGGGGUUGGUGCGGUGCAUGUUACAGCGGGACCCCAAGAGGCGGCCGCCUGUGGGGAAGAUUCUGACUCACCCCUGGAUUCUGCUCAACUGCCUUGGCGGGAGGAUUCUCAGGCAGCAGCUAGGGAAGAAACCCGCUGCUGCUGGCUCGCCUGCUGCUGCGGCGUCUGCUGUGGCAGCGUCGGCCAACGUUGCUGCUGUGACCGCUGCUGGUGCUUCCGAUGCAGCAGACUCAGCUGAGACUCUCUCAGCGCCAGGAGCAACAGCGGCGGCAGCAUCGGCACCACCACCACCACCGCUGAUAGUGAUCCAGCAACAGCAGGUGGUGCUGACAGCUGCUCCACCCGCCACUGCCAGCAGCCCAUCUGGCAUCCGCGUGUGA